UGAGAGAGUGAAGUGUACCAUUCCACGCUCCUGGACCCACACCCAGGUCCUCGCUUGCAACAGAACUAACGCAUUCAUUAACUGCUAUCAUUCUCUUGUGAUUUAUCUGUUGUGAAAGUAACAGACCGUUGAUAAAACAGAAAUAAAUGUAUUUUAGAUAAUCUAUUAGUGAUUUUAUUCAAGAAUUUUAGGGGAAUUAGGUGAUAUUUACCGAACGUCGUAAUUGUUAUGGUGGUGAGUCGAAAGUGCAUUAGAAACCUCCAAUACAAUGAAUUAGAAACCUCCAAGACAUCGAAUUAGAAACCUCCAAGACAACGAAUUAGAAACCUCCAAGACAACGAAUUAGAAACCUCCAAGACAACGAAUUAGAAACUCAAGACAUCGAAUUAGAAACCUCCAAGACAUCGAAUUGGUUAGGUUAGGUUAAGUGACGUUACUAGGAAGAAGGAAAGACCAGUCGGUUGAAAUUAUGCUCUGGAGUAUCGAGAAAAUCAAGUGUAACAGUUCAGUGAGACGGUGAACCCUCGCGUGGUGUUCAGUUUAUGACUAUGAGAAUUGAAAUCAAGUUCUGACACAAUGAGGAAGAACAGGUGAAGCAGUGAAUCAUUUGUGUUUCAUUGACGAGUGAGUGAAACUGAUAUAUUAAAGGAAGAUAAAAUUGAAGCAGUGAAUCAUUUGUGUUUCAUUGAUGAGUGAGUGAAACUGAUAUAUUAAAGGAAGAUAAAAUUGAAGCAGUGAAUCAUUUGUGUUUCAUUGAUGAGUGAGUGAAACUGAUAUAUUAAAGGAAGAUAAAAUUGAAGCAGUGAAUCAUUUGUGUUUCAUUGACGAGUGAGUGAAACUGAUAUAUUAAAGGAAAAUAAAAUUGAAGCAUUGAAAUAGUGAAGCUUAGAUCACUGAAGGAUUCCUCGUUGAUGUACUGAUUGAGGCUUCCCUGAGACAGUUACUAGAGGUUGAAGCUUUUAUUCCGGAGGGUGGUGAAGCCUGGUGAAGCCUUCCUCCAGAUGGUGGUGUGGUUGGGAAGUGACCGCUACACAGCAUGGAGCUACUGCUGUUCCUGUCGCUAAUCUGUCUGACUCUUGUCCCUACCACAUGCCUACACACUGGUCAGUGUGAGGCGGCGCUUGGGAUGCAGUCUGGAGCCAUCCCCGACGACCACAUCUCCUCCUCCUCUUACUUCGAUGCCGCUGUUAACGCCAUCUAUGGAAGGGCGCGGGUAGAGGCUGGAGGAGGAGCCUGGUGCCCUCGGGAGAUGGUGUACCGAGGAGGCACAGAGUUCCUGGAGGUCAACCUCGGGGCGCUGCACGUCCUCACCAAGGUAGAGGUCCAGGGCAGAUUCGGCAAUGGCCAGGGGAGGGAGUUCGCCAGGCAUUACAAACUCCAGCUUUGGCGACCAGGCCUGGACCACUGGGUUACUUAUAGUGAUGGUCGGGGCCAGGAGUUACUGGAAGGCAACAGCAACACCUACCUGGCGCAGACGUCACAGUUAAGUCCGCCCAUCAUAGCCUCGAGGGUGAGGUUCGUCCCCUACAGCGACCACCCGAGGACUGUGUGUAUGAGGGUUGAGGUGUAUGGCUGUCAGUACUCAGAUGGUCUUGUGUCAUAUAGCAUGCCAGAUGGUGACCCCAGAGGAGGUGACCAGGCUCUAACUGACCUGACCUACGAUGGCACACGGGCUGAUGGUUGGCUCUCAGGGGGCCUAGGUCAACUCACCGAUGGGGAGAUGGGUCACACUAACUUUAGAGUGGACGCUCUUGGCAUGGGGCGAGGUUACGAGUGGGUAGGUUGGAAGAACAACUCUCGUCAAGGACAACCUGUCGAGAUUACCUUUGAAUUCGACUCCAUCAGGAACUUCACUGCCGUACACAUCUACACCAAUAACCUCUUCACCAGGGACGCCCAGGUGUUCUCAAGCGCCAGGGUGUCAUUCAGCAUCGGAGGGGAACACUACCACGCCCAGUCCUCCGUCGAGUAUGAAUUCCAAGUGGACCGCAUCUUCGAAAACGCCCGCAACGUCACCAUCAAAUUCCCUAUGGCUGCCGCUCGGUUUCUGAAGCUCCAGCUCUUCUUUGCCCUCAAGUGGAUCAUGAUAUCUGAAGUGACGUUUGAUUCAGUUCCAUGUCACUGUAACCUGACGGAGGAGGAGAUGGCGGCGCCUGUGUCAACCGAGAGUAUGAAUGAGGAGAGAUUUGUCGAGGACCGCGCCCCUGUGGUCCCAGCUGAGGAAACGUCUGCCUUGCUGCUCGGUGGUGUGAUAUGCCUCGCCUUGAUCUUUGGUAUGCUUCCUGUGGCCUUUGGGGUGAAGUACUAUCACAGGUGGCUCGCUAGGAAGUCAAAUAAGAAGUCGCCACCGUCUCCAGAUAAUGGGAUGGAUACGAGAAAAGUGUCGAUGAAGAUGAAAGAUUUGCAUAUUAAUGUGAAUCUCUCGCCUGUGUCUAAUGGUUAUGCUAAGGCAAAGGGGAAGUUGUAUGGUCAUGUGGCAAUGGAUGAGGAGACGACGGCGAUGUAUCAGGAGCCAUUUAAAGGGCCAAUACAUAACCCCGGGUACUACACGUUGGGUCACACCGUCACCCCUUCGGAAGUGCCUCUCAAGUGUGCCAUCCCCACCGACACCGACGACUCUGUUGAUUAUGCUAUACCUGACCUCAAUAUGACACCUCCUCCGCCGUUUUCUGAGGUGUAUUCUCCUCCUCCUCCUGUGCCUCUGACUCAGCCACCAGCGACGUUACCGACUGUGUGUAAUCUACGGGAUGUUCCUCUGAUGCCCGCUGUUCCGUCUCUCCCUCCGCCGCCCGACCAGGAGUACUACACGGCACCUCUCUUGUGCCAGCCUUCUAAUAUACAAGGUGUGACGGGUACUGUGAUAUAUGCUGUUGCUGAUGAGACCAGUCUAGGGAAGGAGCGUCGGGUACCUGAGGUGCCGAGAAGUCACCUGCGGGUGGUGGAGAACCUGGGUGAAGGAGUGUUUGGUGUGGUGCAGCUGUGUGAGGUGAGGGACGCGACGAGUGUUGGGUGUCGGAGGGUGGCCUUGAAGAGUCUAAAAAUCGGUGCAAGUGAGGACACCAAGGAAGACUUCAGGAAGGAGUGCCGUACGCUUAGCCGUGUUGACAACCCAAACAUCGUGAGACUGUUGGGUGUGGUGAACACAUCUGAGCCGCUGUGUAUGUUGCUUGAGUACAUGGACGAUGGUGACCUCUACCAGUUCCUCCGCAGACACGUGACGGAAGGUAUACCCAGCGCGGUGUUCAAGGGAGCGUCUGGUAGUAUAAGGGAGCCCUCCUUCAUCAGCUACGGCGCCCUCUUACACAUGGUCACACAAAUCGUCUCGGGGAUGAAGUACCUCGAAACACUAAACGUUGUUCACCGAGACUUGGCAACCCGCAACUGUCUUGUUGGCAGCGGCCUCACCGUCAAGAUAUCAGACUUUGGCAUGAGUCGACCUCUAUACUCGAGUGACUACUACCGCCUGAGUGACAGUCGAGCUCUCUUGCCCAUCAGAUGGAUGGCGUGGGAGUCUGUCCUUCAGGGAAAGUUCUCCACCAAGAGUGACGUGUGGGCGUUUGGUGUUACUUUGUGGGAGAUCCUGAUGAUGGCACGUCGGCCUCCCUACGACGAGUUGAGUGACGAGGGCGUGUUGGAGAACGUGUCUCACUGUUACCAUGGUGACGGUGCAGGGAUGAUGGUGUUGCCUCAGCCGCCUCUCUGUCCCCCUGACGUGUACGAGAUGAUGACCGCCUGCUGGAGGCCGGACUACCGCCACCGUCCCCCCUUCUGGGAGAUACACCUCUUCCUUCAGCGUAAAAACCUCGGCUACACCCUCGACUACCUGGAGUGAAGUGUAGUAUACCUUCAACUACACAGAGUGGCGUAUACUACACCCACAACUAACGUACAUAAAGUAAACAAUCAUUUCUGGUCGAGUCUUAUAUUCCUGAAGCGCGAAAAAACACCUAACCAGUCUCCUCCAUUACCUACACCAGGACAAUGAUCACGUCAGUACACUAAGGAACUCAUAUAGUGUAUUGUGUGUAUUCAGCCAGCGAGGAACACCAUCACAUGUUAAUUUUAGUGGUAAAGGCAAAAGUGCAGUGAUUACCUGAACUGAGUUACACAGAUUGUCCGGGUGUAGUUGGUGUGUAGGCGGCAGCUCCUACACCCAGCUAGGAAGCCUUGGAACUGGUUAUCCUUGUGAGAGACUGAAAACAAAGACAUGUAAACAAACCAUGAGAACAAUACCAUGUAAACAGAAACCAUGUAAACAAACCGUGAUAACAAACCAUGUAAACAGAAGCCAUGUAAACAAACCGUGAUAACAAACCAUGUAACAGAAACCAUGUAAACAGAAACCAAAUAAACAAACCACGUAAACAAACCGUAUAAACAGAAACCGUGUAAACAAACCAUGU